AUGGCUCAUGGCAAAGUGACCAUCACAGUGGAUGAGUACAGCUCCAACCCAACACAGGCCUUCACACACUACAAUAUCAACCAGAGCCGCUUCCAGCCUCCACACGUCCACAUGGUGGAUCCAAUUCCCUAUGACACUCCAAAACCAGCCGGCCACACCAGAUUUGUGUGCGUAUCAGACACACACUCGCGUACAGAUGGCAUUCAGAUGCCCUAUGGCGAUGUGCUGCUGCAUAUGGGUGACUUCACGGAGCUUGGCCUGCCCUCCGAGGUCAAGAAGUUUAACGACUGGCUAGGUGGCCUUCCAUAUGAGUUUAAGGUGGUAAUCGCGGGUAACCAUGAGCUGACCUUUGAUAAGGACUUUAUGGCUGAACUGGUCAAGCAGGAUUACUACCGUUUCCCUUCAGUCUCCAAACUCAAACCAGAGGACUUUGACAAUGUCCAGUCGCUACUCACAAACUGUGUGUACCUGCAGGAUUCUGACGUCACCAUAAAGGGAUUCCGGAUAUACGGCACACCAUGGUCUCCGUGGUUCAACGGCUGGGGCUUCAAUUUACCUCGGGGCCAAUCCCUACUGGAUAAAUGGAACCUCGUCCCAGAAGGCGUCGACAUCCUGAUGACCCACGGCCCUCCGCUUGGUUUCCGAGACUGGGUUCCUAAAGAGCUGCAGAGGGUCGGCUGUGUGGAGCUGCUCAACACGGUCCAGAAGAGGGUGCGACCCAAACUCCAUGCCUUUGGUGGCAUUCAUGAAGGCUAUGGCAUCAUGACAGAUGGUUACACAACGUUCAUCAACGCGUCAACCUGCACCGUCAGCUUUCAGCCGACCAACCCACCCAUCGUCUUUGACCUGCCUAACCCUUCCAGCUCCUGA